AUGGCAAUUGAACAAAUAACACAGGACAGAGAUAAAGACGUAGAAAUUGUUGAAGACAAGCAACGCAAGGAAAUGGAAUCUGCUUUGCAAAACGCCGGCACUUUGUAUACAGACGAACAAAUAAACCAGUUGGCUCAACGUCAUUUUGAAAAUACACAGGUUGUCAACAGCAAGUGGGCAAGUGAAUUGACAAAUCGUCGAGAGAUGCAGAAACGCGAGUACCGUGAAUGGGUGAUGAAAGUACAUGAAGACACACAGACAAGUGUCGGAACCCCAACAUACGCUCAACGUAUCCGAGCUAUGACCAACUCAAUGCUUCCAGAAGCAGUGGAGGAGGAACGUAUUGGGGGAUCUAGAGCAAGACUUGAAGAAAGUUUCACUAUUCACUUGGGCGCCCAAAUGAAAACCACACACAACCUACGCUUAAUUUGUGCUGAUGUUCUUGAUUUAUGUCGUCAUAAACCCCACACAGUUGGCGGAGUGACCAUUCCAGAACCCCAACGUCUCCAAACUGCUAUGUCCCUAUAUUCGAAUAAUUUGUGUGGGCUGAUUCUCCUGGUGGACAAUCGACUCAACUCUUAUACUGGUAUCAAACGAGAUUUUGCUCAGGUGUGUGAACAAGCGACUGAUUUUCAUUUUCCUGACUUGGAACAACAAUUCACCCAGAUUGAAUCCAAGAUGGGUGUGGCCAACGAGUGGAGGCUGAUGCGCAAAUUGUCUGACCCUGAUGUCACUGACUCAAUCAGUGUGAAAAGCUCAGGUAGCAGCAACAGUGAUACACAGCAGGAGAAAACAGCCCGCCUCCAAACAGGAGAUGUGUACAUCACGAAACAUUCCAACCUGUGUGAGGUACAAGUGGUAUUUCACUUGGUAACAGACGACAGCAUCCGCACAUCUGAAAUCACUUCACGUCAUCCUGUCAUUUUGGCCCUGCGGAAUCUGCUUAAAGUCUGCUUCCGAUAUGACAUCCUCACACUGACCAUUCCGCUGCUGUUGUCCCAUGAGAUGACCGAGGAGAUGACUGUGGCGUGGUGUUUAAAGCGAGUUGAAUUGAUCUUCAAAUGUGUCAAAGGCUUCAUGAUGGAAAUAGCAACAUGGGGAGGCCAAGAAUCACGAACAAUCCAGUUUUUAGUUCCACCGGGAAUGUCCGAGGAAAUGUUUGCCAGUAUUAGCAACAUGCUUCCAAGUAUUUUCCGAUUGUCCAAUCCACUCGUCGUCAAAUCGGCAUAA